GCUCGACACGCGCAUUUGCUCCUCCGAGACGAGAUGCUGCGCAACUCGGCUCGUGACACCUGAUCGCCCCACCGACGCCUUUGCCUCUGUGCGAGGAUUCACUUUGCGGAGGAUGCGGUCAGCGUGGCGGCGAAAAAUGAGCGUUCCUCUCUGCUCCCGCGGAUGACGACGUCCCACGAUGAACACAGAUUUCCAAAAUCCGCCGCAAGUCCCUCGAGCGAAGGUCCGAAGUCAUUUAACCAUCCGAGUGCAGUCCAAACGGAUGCCGAGGCCUUGUCCCCCCGGGCAUGGCUCAAAACCUCCUGUCGCCCCCAAACCCAAAGGCGUCCGUGCGUUUGGCGCACAGGGGGAGCGACGCUCCCCACAGGCUCUCACGAAUGGGGACCUGCUUCACUCCGAUGAGGAAACAGAUCUGAAGGAGAAGGACAACGAGGGAAAGACUGAGACGGAGGAGAGGGUCAACGGUGUAACAGCAGGAGAGGUUCGGGUCCAAACAGAUCACGAGGCAAUAUCUCAUCAAAAGCAGGAUGACUACAUCGAGCGCAUCGGCUCUGAAGACGCGGUCAUCGCAGAUGACGCUUCGGCCGCAGACGCCGCGGACGGUGACCAGAACUCAGCCCGACCUGACGUUGGCCAAAACGAAGACACGCCCACUCUUUUGUCUCCUGAGAGUGAAAACGAGGAGCCGGACAGCAGCGAUCAAGAGCCGACUGACCAAACCUCCGGUGAAGAAAAGCUCCGUCCGAUAUAUCCGCCCAGUCCGGGAGAGUCAAAGUGCGUUCAAUUUAACUUGCCCUCGGACGACGGUGCGCUCGAGAACGCAAGGUUCCUCUUUGGAUUCCGCACGCUCCCGACUGUCACCGAGGAGUACCCUUACGACGUGAUCGGCCCCGCAGAUGACAGCGGUGACGCAUGCGAGUCCCGCGGCCCGGCCGAAAGCGGCGAUGCCGAAGUGUGGCAACCGGAACGGGCCACCAAAGAUGUCUCCGGCUGCUUUCGUUUCACAUCCGGCACCGAGGAUGCGUUUGGCCCGUAUUCCGUCAUCGAAUCCGUUCCAUCGGAUAAAACUCGCACCGCCGACCCCGAGUGGGGGGAGGAUGACGCCGAUGAAACUCAAGCAAAUGCUCAGCGAGCGUCAGCGCCCGCCGACCCGGAGCCUUUCUACGUGUCAACGGACGACGUGGACCACCCGGAAGAUGAGCGAGCCCUCGCAGAUCGGGCUGAGGUUGAGGAGGGAACUGAAGACGGGAAUCCGCACGGAGACGAAACAAAGGACACCGAAUCCGCAGAUGAGUAUGCGGACAUUGAGGAUCCUUACCGCCGGAAAGACGAGGACUCGGAGCGGCUGGAAUGCGCCUCGUCCGAAGAUUAUGUGGAAAUAGGCGAUGAGGAUGAAGAGGAGCGGCCCGAAAAGAGACCGGCCAAAGGAAGAAGUGCAAAAGAGAGAACGGCUCAACGAGAGCAGGCUUUCCUCAGUCAAAGAAGAAGCUGCCAGCCCCGCCUGCGGCUGUGCAACAUCACCGUGCCGCAAGACUUGGACCUGGGCCGCACCCCGGAGCUCACCAACCGGGUGGUAUUUGCCCACACCACCGAGGCGUUCGAAGAAGACAUCGAGGAACUGGAUUGUCAUAUCGUGCCUUUCCACGAGGACACCGACUCAGACAGCGAAGAGCACAUUUACGAGGAGGCCGGCUUUGACUCGGAGGGCGAGAACUUUUUGAACCUCGACAGGAAGGCUGCCGUGACCCGUUCUCGCUCUUAUUCCGGCAAAAUCCCAGGUUACGUCCCAGAGACCGUGCCGGAAGAGACGGGCGCCGAGUACCAAACGCACGACGACUGCGCCGUGUCCCCGGAUCGGAACGGCGAGCCAAUCGGUCGCUCGCAAACGCCCGGGGACAACCGCUUCACCCCAUCCCCCAAAUCCCGCCGAUUCCUUUUGCCCGGCCGCUCUGCGGGGAGCCCCGACUCGGCGUUGGCCAAACAAUCUCUGACCGAUGAGCUCCAGAUGAAGAGGAGAGAUGACACUCUUUCGCUUCCGUGCGUCCGGACGUCUUCCGGGAGUUUCUCCCAACGUAGUCACCAAUCAUCCAGCGGCGUUUCGACCCCGACCUCCCUCGUGGACAUUCCUCCGCCCUUUGAACUAGCGUACAUCACCAAGAGACCGGUAACCAAGAGUUCCCCUUCCCUCUUGAUCCAGCACGAUGCCGAUGACAAACUCAAGAAGAAGAAGAUCUCCUUUAAACGCCUUUUGGCUCUCAAGUUCAAGAGGAAGGCCGAUUCGAAAGGCCUCAGCGACGGCUCCGUCCGUUCCUCUCGGUCCUCUUCUGAGUCCAGUCAUCACGGCGCCGCAAGAGUCAUCGAGCUUGACCAUCGGAGCGCCUCCGGCUCCCCGCAGCUGCGGUCGCCGAUCGUCGGCCCCCAGCGGCCUCCCUCGGAACUGCCGUCGACGUUUGUCUUCUACAAAGAUCCUCAGAGGAGGAGAAGUGACCUCAAAGCUUUUGGCAGAGGCCUUUCCAGAGUCGAGUCUUUCGAGGAGCGCUCGCAUCGCUGCGCCGGGCCGCUGCCUUUAACCAAACCCCGCUCGAUCUCUUUCCCCAGUGCGGACACCUGCGACUAUGAAAACAUUCCGGCGAUGAGUUCAGAUUACGAGAACAUCCAAAUUCCGGGCAGACCCGCCAGAUCACACACGGUAACCGAGUUUUUCGACGAUCCCCAUCGCGCGGCAGCUCCCUGCAAUGAGAAUGAUGGAUACGUGGACAUGAAUAGUUUCCCUGGGAUCGACAGCAAACCCUCCAAAGCGGACGCUGAGAGCGCCUACACCGAACCUUUCCCGCUGAGCUCAGCCUCUGCCGGCUCAGCCGAGGAGGACCACGGACGCACGUCAGAAGAGGAAGAAGGGGCCGCCGAGCAAAGCUGUGAUCGGCCGACCGACGGGCGAUCCCGAGCGUUCUACGUCGCCAAGGAGCUCGUGGAUUCGGAAAGACUACACGUCAGCGCCCUCAAGUACCUUCAAGAGGGCUUCAGGCCAGCAGUGGGCCAAGCCGUGGCCGAGGACGGGGGCCCGCUUCUGGACGCUCAGAGAUUGGAGGAGAUAUUGGGUGUCCUUCCUCAGGUCUUGACUCUCCACAGCAACAUCCUCGCUGAGCUGGAGGAGCGCAUUCAUCACUGGGAGGAAGGCCAAAGAGUGGCGGAUGUGAUCUUGUCACAUCGUGAAGACUUCAGGGUGUUUGAUACCUUCAUCUCGGAGUACGAGCGCAGCAUGGCUUUGCUGGAGGAGAGCUGCAAGGUCAACCCAGCCUUUGCCAGCACUGUCAAGAAAUUUGAGAGGAGAAGUGCAGAGGAUGCCGAAGUGCCACUGAAACAGCAGCUAUUGCAGGUCCUCGUCAGAGUCCUGCAAUACGGCAUGCUCCUGACAGAUUACCUGAACAACCUCUCCCCCGAUUCUCAAGAAUAUGAGGACACACAAGCCGCCUUGGUGGUCGUGUCCGAGGUGGCGGACCAGGCCAACGAUAACCUGAAGCAAGGGGAGAACUUGCUGCGUAUGGUCCACAUCGAAUACAGCUUGAAAGGCAAGCGGGACCUCCUGAAGGCCGGCAGGAUGUUUGUCAAAGAGGGAACACUCAUGAAGGUCUCGAGGAAAAGCAGACAGCCCCGACACCUUUUUCUGAUGAAUGACAUCAUGCUGUACACCUACCCGCAGCAGGAUGGGAAAUACAGGCUGAAGAACACGUUAUCCCUGUCUGGAAUGAAGGUGAGCAAACCUGUCCUUGACAACGUCCUGAACUGCCUGAAGAUCGAAGUGUCCGACAUUACCAUUACACUCUCUGCCAGCUCGGUUGGAGAGCGAGAGGACUGGUUCCACACAUUGAGCCGAGCAAUUGCCGACCACGCUGCGGGACUCUGUACUUUUGGAGGAGCCUGUAAUGAGGCCCGUGAGAAGCUGUGGAUGGCCUUGGGUGAAGCCGCUCCGGUUCCGGUCCCGCCGUCUCACGCGAUGAUGUGCAUGAACUGCACCUCGGACUUCAGCCUCACUCUUCGACGACACCACUGCAAUGCCUGCGGCAAGGUCGUGUGCCGGGGUUGUUCCAGGAACAGAUACCCGCUUAAGUACCUCAAAGACAGGCCGGCCAAAGUGUGUGACCGCUGCUUCGCCGAGCUCAGGAAAAGAGGUGGCAGCGGCGAGUCAGGCGCGUGCGGCAACUCGAGUCCGCCCACUCAUCGGGCCAGUCGUCCCCUCUCUGCCGUCUUCCAAAGCUGGCAGACGCCGAGUCUCUGGAAGAGCAGGAGGAGCACGUUAUCCCUCAAUCAGUUGCCUCUCGGGGUGGAGGGCUCAGCCAUGAGUGGCGUGUUACAGCGCCGAAAGAAGAGCAAGAGGAAAUGGAAGCGGCUGUGGUUCCUCCUCAAAGACAAGGUGCUCUACACCUUCACGGCCCGUGAGGACGGAGUGGCCUCCGAGAGUCUACCCCUGCAAGGCUUCACCGUCAAGCUGACGGAGAGACCCGAGGCGGAUGACAGUAGCAACGUGUUCCAUCUCUACCACAAGAAAAGCCUGUACUGCAGCUUCAGGGCUGAUGAUCAUCACACAGCGCGCAGGUGGGUCGACGCCAUUGAGGAGGCCACAGUUUUAUAGCGGCAGCUUUGUC